AUGGCCGCCUCCUCUGCCACCACCUCCACCGCCAUGUUCAGCUCCGCCUCGGAUAGCUGCUCGCGCAGAGCUUCCCUUGUUGCCAACCUCCACGUGCGCCCCACGCGCAGCUGUUCUGCAUUUCUGAGAACAAGUUGUACCAUCAGUGCUCAAGCUCGUACCUUCGCCCCUUUAUGCUCCUCCUCCUCAGCUGUAAACGCUGCAAUGCCCACCGAGGCCUCUGCUAAGGUUAUUGAUGGAAAAUCAGUUGCCAAGCAAAUAAGAGAGGAAAUAGCUACUGAAGUAUCAAGGAUGAAGGAGUCUACUGGGAUUGUUCCUGGUCUGGCUGUUAUUCUUGUUGGAGACAGGAAAGACUCUGCGACUUAUGUCCGAAACAAGAAGAAAGCUUGCGAAUCUGUAGGUAUCAAGUCAUUUGAAGUGCACUUGCAUGAAAACUGUUCUGAACAAGAAGUGCUCGAGUAUAUCACAGUCUUCAAUGAAGAUCCUUCAGUUAAUGGUAUACUCGUGCAGUUGCCUCUUCCUUCUCAUAUGAAUGAGCAGAACAUCUUAAAUGCUGUUUGUAUCGAGAAAGAUGUCGAUGGGUUCAAUCCUCUGAAUAUUGGCCGUCUGGCCAUGAGAGAUAGAGAACCUUUAUUUGUUCCAUGCACGCCCAAAGGGUGCAUAGAGUUGUUGCGUAGAUAUGAUGUCCCUAUCAAGGGAAGGAGAGCUGUUGUUAUUGGGAGGAGCAAUAUUGUCGGAAUGCCUGCUGCCCUGCUCUUGCAAGACACGGCAAGCCCAAGAGGGUAUCGGCUUGUAGGUGAUGUUUGCUAUGAGGAAGCUAGCAAGAUUGCUUCGGCAAUCACACCUGUCCCGGGUGGAGUGGGCCCCAUGACCAUAGCAAUGCUACUUUCCAACACUCUUGCCGCUGCUAAGAGAGCCAACAAUAUCGAAUGA